UACCCGGACGAAGCGUGGUACUUAAAGGCGGACCCUGGCCGUCCACGAGCUAGAGCUCCGCUUGGAAUGGAAGCGAGUUCUUGAAGGGACACCAUGAGGGUUCUUUGGUUAUCGUUGCUCGUCGUGGCCGCCUCCGGCUUCGAGGUCGGCAAGGAGUAUGUAUAUAAGUACAAAGGAACGCUUCACGUCGCCAAUCCUGAGCAGCCCCUUCAAUCAUCGGGAAUCGCCUUCCAAAGCCGGCUUGUCUUGCAGCCCAAGCCUGAUGGAACCCACUUCAAGAUCGUGAACUUCGAAGCCGACUCGUUCAACUCCGAGCACAUCGACGUUGCUCACCACGAGUUCAACUUCGCGGCGAACGAGAACUUCGCCGGUGUCCUGGAGCACCCCUUCGCCGGAAAGUUCGACGAAGGAAAGCUCGAGGAGUUCGCCAUUGGCAAGAACGAGCCGCUGUUCGUGAGGAACUUGAAGAAGGGCAUCCUGUCCCUUUUCCAACUGGACCUGGUCAAGGGUCGCCACGAGCACCACGACGACAAGGAGUACCACGUCAAGGAGGAUGGUCUCCACGGGCCAUGCGACACGCUCUACAUUGUGCACGAAGAGGAGCACGGUGAAAUUGAGGUGACCAAGGUCAAGAACCUGGAAAAGUGCGACCACCACCAUUACAGCUUCUACGGACACGAAAAGGGCAAGCGCUGCUUGAAAUGCAAGGAAGUGGCUACGAACCCGCACACCGCCACCUCCGAGGUGUACUACGAGCUGAAGGGAACCGCCCAGCAUUACGUCAUCGACCACGCGUGGGCCGAGUCGGACCAGCUGUUCAAGCCUCACGGCGAAGGAAAGACGUUCCACGUCAUUCUUAACCGCACCCUGGACCUCGUAGAGGAGCACGAUGCCCCGACCACCGACACCACCCUGCUCGAGGCUGGCGAGAAGGAGCACUCACUCGCCCAGGAAUUCCCCGAGACCCACGACUUGAAGAACCCGGAGGAGCUCAAGCACCCAAACCGCCUGGUGGCCCACUUUGGCCUCACUCCCAACAAGGAAGACUUCGUGCAAGGCCUCCAGAAGCUGGCACACAUCGAGUACACCGACGAGGACAUCAAGGAAAUCGACAACAAGGAGAGCGGAAGCUUGCUCUUCAUGAUGCUGUUCCACAACUUGCUUACCUUCAGCUACGACGACAUCAACGACGUCUACCAGAACCACGUGCUCACAGCACCAGAAGAUAUCAAGGAAAGCAUCCGAAGCAUCUUCCUUGACCUCCUGGCGGCCGCUGGCUUGAACCCUCACGUCACCUUCGGUCUCAACCUGAUUAAGAACAACGAACUGAGCGUCGACGCUGCUGACAGCUUCUACACCAAGCUGCAUCUCAACUUGAAGGAAGUCAGCCCUGCCCUCAUCCAAGAAAUUGCCGACUCUUGCAAGUCCGAGGCUGUGAAGAGCCACCGCGAGAUCUGGACCUCAUGCAAGCUGGCCGCAAGCGCCAUCGCAGGCGGCAAGGGAUGCAAGCACGCUCACGACGACCACGAGGAGGACCAUGGCACCUGCGGACCCGAAAUCAUCUCGCACAUGUUCAACUACUCGGUGACGCCGAGUUUCGUCGAGCACGAGCCCGAGUACGUGAGCACCGUGUACAUUCGUUCGGCCGGCAACCUUGGCACCCGCAAGGCCAUGCACUACCUGGAGCGCUUCAUCUACCCCAAGUGGCAUGCCAACGAACACAAGAGGAUGGCCGCCCUGUGGGCUCUGAAGCAGGCCGCCAAGCAGCACCCUGAACUGGCUCGUUCCAUCGCCCUGCCCGUGUUCCACAACACGAGCGAGCCCAGCGAGAUCCGUAUCGCCUCUUUCCUCGUCGUGGUGGUGACCGACCCGGACCUGUUCGUCCUGCGCCACAUUGGUCUCGAAGUCCUCACCGACCCCAGCGAUCAGGUCGUGUCCUUCGUCAUCAGCGCUUUCCGUUCCCUGGCUAACUCCAAGUACCCCUGCCACAAGCAGCUUGCUCAGAAACUCCAGUAUGUGCUGCCCCUGUGGGAAACCAACCAGAGAUUCAGGAAGCCCAUCGACAAGGCCUCGUCUCACCUCCAGAUCUCUUCGGGAUACAACCCCAAGUUCGAUUACGGCGGCCUGACCCUGGUCGAGAUGAUCCGCUCCCACGACAGCUACUUGCCCCGCAACCUGUACAUCACCAUGAAGGACUACGUGGCCGGACACUCCACCGACACGGUGGCCUUCUCCUUCGAAAGCUGGGGCCUGGACAAGCUCUUCAACCGCCUCGUCGGACCGCAGCCCGGAUCGACCAAGAACCUGUGGAACUUCAUGGGCCGUCGCCGAUUUCCGCGUGACGCUUCGGCCAAGGAGCGAAAGGAGAUCGAGGACGCCCUUCACAUCCAUGAGCGCGAGUACGAUCCAGUGUACGCACGCCUCAGCCUUUCUGUCUUCGGAAAGGCCGUCGACAGCUGGGACUUUGACGAGAGCAUCUUUGAAGCCGUCAAGACAAAAGAUGCACCAGAGAAGACGGUCGAGAAGAUUCUGGGCAAGCAACUUCGCAAGAAGUCAUUCUACGUGAGCCAGGACAUGACUUACCUCCACCCCACUGAGCUCGGCGUGCCAGUUUUCUUUGACUUUAAGCAGGCGGAGUUCAUUUACGCGAACCGUGAGAAGAUCGAGCUCACCCACGGCGACAACGCGGAGAUCCGCUUGGGCAUCAAGCGACACUACCUGUACGAGACUCGUCUGCAGCAGAUGGUCGGCUUCGCGUGGACCUACACCAGGUCGUCCUUGGGCUCUGGAUACGAUGCCAGGACCGUCAUCUCUUGGCCGCUUGACCUCAAGGCCACCAUUGCGCCACUGGAAGGAAAGCUCAGCCUUAACCGUCCUCUGCACCUGCCGUGGAACGCGAUGAACCACCACUUCCACCCCUUCACAUUCAACACGCCCUACGAUCUCACCCGAAGCCACAGCAACGCCAUCUCCGAGUUCACGGCAAAGGUGAAGCCUCUGUACCGCAAUGACGAACUUCUUGAGUUUGACCGUCACUACUUCGGCGAGAUCUUCGGCGUGGGCAUGAACGUCAAGGGUCACCUGAUCAAGAGGGGACUUAGCCAAGCAAUGCACGAGUUCUACCACGAGAUGAGCUGGCGCGAACGCUUCUACUACAUGCAAGUCAACCCCAACUGGCACCCACGCAGCGUCAAACUUUACUUCGAGCCUGCCGGCGAUGCUCCAACGAAGGAAAUGGACAUCGACAUCGCGUACAAGUUCUUGGAGCCCGACGACGAGCGUCACAGCCACUUCAAGGUUCACGACCAGAUCGGCGAAGACCCCGAGGUGCCAUCCACCCACGUGCUCAACAUCGACGUCAACUUCAAGGGCGACGCCAAGGAGCGCAAGGUGGCUGCCGAGCUUAGGUAUUCCUUCAACCACGACCUCUUCAACCACAAGUUCCAGUUCUUCUACGAGCGAACACCCUUCAGGAGCGACGACCACGAAGGUCUGAAGAUCUGCCUGGCAGCCUCGGCCAAGUUCCCCCAUCCUGACUGGUCCCGUGUCAACGAACUGGCUACUUUCUACCAGGGCAAACAUAUCGACGCCAACCUCGACAUCCACUACGGAAGCAGCUGCGAUGAGAGCCAAUCUAGCAUCCACCUGCACGGCCAGUACACACACACGGACAGCGACGAGGUGCAGCUGGUGAACGCCGCUGCCGGCAAGCCCAUCACCGGAAACCUGCGCUGGAACGGACUCCACAGGAUGGCCCUGAAGUGCCAAGCCGGCCGCGAACACGGCAUCCCCUUCAACUAUUACUGCCUGAAGUUCCUGCGACACUCCAGCCGACUGGCCAAGCUCACUGCUGACGUCGAGUGGAAGAACUACAAGCCGCUGCUCAACAAGCUGUUCCCCCUGCAUACCAAGUACCAGGCCCUGAGGCCAAAGCACGGCGGCUUCUUCGGCGUCAUCCGCUCCCACUUUACCGGCGAGAACGGCAAACUGCACGUAGUGUCUCAAGUUCCCUGGUGGGACCUCAAGGAAGAGCCGCACACCGACAUGGUGAUCACCACCGAGGACGGCCAGCGUUUCCAGCACUGGGGCGUGCCCACGUUUAGCCACAUGCUCGAACCCAGGGUUUUCUCGUCGCUCGGCUACUCCAACAUGGGAGAGUACGCCAAGCAGUACAAACACAGGUACUGCGACCUGCAAUCGCUCAGCGUGCGCACCUUCGACGGCACCUUGGUCAAGCUUCCCGAGACCGACUGCUACAAGGUGGUCAGCCGCGACUGCUCUCCGAACAAGAGGUUCCUGAUCUUGGCCCGUUCUACCAACAACCCUUCGCUCACCAAGGCUCUGAAGGUGUUCAUCCACACGACCAAGCUUGAGAUCCUGCCCGUCACCGAGGACUCCGGUCUCAUCGUGCGCGUCGACGGCAACAAGGUGGACGUGGCGCCCGAGCAUCCUUACAGCCACACCGACCACGACGUCGAACUCUUCGAAGUCAGGACGCGCGAAAAGUGGUUCGAGGUGAUCUCCAAGUCCUACGGCCUCUACCUGACCUUCAACGGAAACCUGCUCUUCGUCCAGACCGCUCCAUUCUACCGCGGCAAGCUGUGCGGCCUGUGCGGCGACUACAACCUCGAUAGGAACCACGAGCUGUCCGGGCCCGACGGUCACCUUUACAACAACACUCUUGAGUUUGCCAAGAGUUACGUGGUGCCCAGUCCAGACUGCCACGCGCCCGCCCACUAAGAGGGUCCUUUCCUCGCGCACUUAGUGCGCUGCCCAUCAGGCCCGAGCCUAACCCGUCCGUGAAGCUGCUCUUAAGGAGGAGAAGAAGAAAAGGACAACUUCCUGCCAUCAACCUUUGCCUAGAUGAACAAGAGCAGCAGCAGUCAACGGGGAAGCUCGCAGUAUCUCGCGUUUUACCGAAAGCCCACUGCCAUGAAUCAACUGUAUUUUUUUAAGAUGUAAAAAAUAAAUGAGCGUGAAAGAUUUA